CUAGGCUGAGCGGCGUUUCCGGCCCCGCCCCCUUCUUCCUUGGUCCUGUCGGGCCCGCAAUGUCCCUGGUGCGGGUGACGCGCCCCCGCGCCCCGGGGAAUAAGCCGCCGAAGGCGAAGAAGAAGAAGCCUCCGCCCCCUAAGCGGGACUGGGACAACACUGUCCAUGAUUUAACAGUGCAUCGUGCAACUCCUGAAGACAUGGUGCGGCGUCAUGAGAUACACAAGUCAAAGAACAAAGCACUGGUGCAUGUGGAGCUACAAGAGAGAGCAUUGAAGAGAAAAUGGAAGAAGCAGAGGCAGGGGGCUCCUGAUUCCCUAGAGAAAAGGAAGCUGGCCCUCAUGCGAGAGAUUCUCUCUGAUCAGUAUCAGCUGCAAGAUGUGUUGGAGAGAUCUGAUCAAGCCAUGGCUGUGGUGAAAGACCUGUUUGGCGAUGCUCCUCACAGGCAUACAGGUUUCCCUAAUGUAACAAUGGCUCCUCAUUGUGACCUGGAAUCCUCUCAAGGUCCCAUUGUACAAAAAAGUGAUCCUCCCACACAGCUUUCCAUCCUUAGUGAAUCUAUCAUGGAUCCCCAGGCUCUCAAUGAAGUAGAAGGGGAGGGUUCCUCCAACUGUCAAUCAGAGGACAGUGUGAAUGAACAGGAUGUGUCUUUGCACUUCAAGUCCAACGUUGACAUACACAGGCUACUCCACUUACUGAAAGAAGAAAAUGCUGCUGGGGCUUCCCAGCUAUGGGCUGAGAAGCAACUGAGAACACCUCCCCCAUCACAGAAAGCAAAUGUAGCUGUGACUCCAACAACUGCUUUGCCAUCAUCAGGAGCUGCAGCCCUCAAUGCUACCAGAGUAGUCCAGAGAGUCCAUUCAAGGCUUCAGAAUGAAGAUGAAGAGCAGACUUCAGAUUCCUCUUACACUGUGAGACAGGUGCUGAACCCAAACCCAAGAAAGCAAAAGCAAGUUUCAACAAAAGCGAAAAGAAAUCAUACUGCACAGAUGGCUUCCAAACAGAGAAGAAAUGAUUCUCUUGCUAAUGCAGUUUCCUUCGAACUCCCAAGUGGCAAUAAAUCCAGCUUGGAUGUCCUGAAUCGCAUGAUUCACGAAGUGGAGCAUGAAAUGGAGGAAUAUGAGCGAUGGACAGGCCGUGAAGUACAGAGAAUGCAAAACGGUCAUGGCCUCACAGGGUUCACCGUGUCACUGGUGAACACACUCUGUCGUCUGAUGCGCUACCUCAAGGAGGGUGAGAUGCAGCUGCGUCAGGAAGCAACAAUGAGGCAGCAGCUUGAGGGGAUGCUGCAUGAACACAGAGCACUGAUUGAUGCUCUGACAACUGAAAUCCUUCUGGUCAGAGAAGAAAAUGCUGCCAUACAGAAAAGACUUCAGCAAUAUAUGGUGGUAACAGAUGAACAGUUGAUUUCACUCACUCAGGCAUUCAAAAGCCUCCCUGUAACAGAUCCUAACAGAGGGCAAAGUCCAACAGAUUUUGGAGUUACAGUCAACAGUCAAGAGAAACCUGCAUUAUACUCUACUGUGCCCAGGACCGAUAUUUUCAGAAGGGAGAACACACUUGUAUUCUCACAGGAGGAGCUGCCUGUGAAACUUCCCCAGUGGUCAAGUCCCCCAGACAUUGUAGUGGCGGGCAGCAGUUUGCCAGCUCAUAUGUUCCAGCCUGCAGUAUUGUUAUCUCCACCUAGACAGAAAAGUAUCCAGGAAUUCUCCCCUCUUCAGAAUGCAUUGAAGAAGACAGUUAACACAUAUCCUGCAUCCCACUUCUCUCCAUCUAUGGAAACCACUGUGAGAGAGCCAAACUGGCAAAAGAACUCAUCUUCCUCUGUGGGAACUCAGAACACUAAUGAAGAGAAUCGACUACUCACGCAGAGGUGGCGAAUUCCUCCUUCGCACAAAGACUUGGAGAGUUCUUUACCUUCAGAUGGGCAGCAAGGAAGAAGCACCUUGUCCCCAGUGGACAGAUGGGCCAUGGUUGGCUCUGAGGAUGAGCAGAAGCCCAGUGCACCUGAGGAGCACACUCAAAGCAAUGAUCUGCUAGGACAGAUAGCUGAGCUAACACUACAGAACUCUGUUAUCAAAGCUCAGCUGAGCAAAUUCAGAGAUCGUUCUCAAGAGGCAGGGGAUGGCCUGCAUCAGCCAGUUACAAAGCAAAAUAUGAACACUAGUUCAGGAUCAGCCAUGGAGGGACAGACUUUCCCAGAAGUACCAAAGAGCUUGGAGGAACGAAUAGCAGAGCUGAACCGCCAAAGUGCAGAAGCCCGUGGUAAACUGCUGCAGCUGAUAGACCAGCAAAAACUAGCCACUGUCAAUCCUAUCUCUCCCCCAGUAUCGCCUGUUUUACCUCCCCACAUAAAUUGGACUGAAAAUGAAAAGAGGACAAUUGAGGUGUCUGUACCAGUGGCAGAAACAAUGGACAGCUCCAAAGGAGAUACUCCUUCUCCUGCCAGUGGGACCAGUGUAAGAAGAUCUACGGGUGCUUCUAGCAAGACUUGUUCUACAUUAAGUACCACUUCGGGAAGUAUGAAAUUGACACCUGUCAAUCAGAGGACAAAGGUGGAGAGGCAAAGAGAAGAAGGCUGGUUUGCACUAUCGAUGAAUAUCAUGUAACUGAAGCUGAAUCGCAUAGACUUUAUUUUUUAAAUAUAUAAUUUUUUUUGUGAACCACCUGUAGAUUUCUGCAGUCCCUCUCCGCAAAACAUGAAUUUUAACUCUCAAAGUUCCUACUUGUCAGUGCCACUAGUAUACAGAGAUCCAUCAGCUUAUUAUGUUUAUGCUCUCCUUCAGACUAAUGCAAUUGCAAUUACAGCCUUGAGAGUGGGACAUAGAAGGUGGGAAUAGAAUGUGACAUUCCAGUCCCUAUUGGAUGAAGAGGAGCUAAAUUGAGGCUGAUUUUAGCCCAUUUCUAUACCUCAGCAAUGCAGUGACCCAUAUUAGAUAUGCUGAAGAAAGGGGCUUUUGGAGAAGACACCCAACUUAUUUUUUUUCGUGGACCAUCUCAGAUACAUGUCAGCACAAGAUAAGGAAAUAAAUAGGACAAUCUAACUGAAAAGAGGGGUGUGUGGGUGUGUGUGUGUGUGUGUAAUGGAACAGUUUGGAAUACCAUUAGUGAAUCAAUUUGUGGAGUCACUGUAAAAGACUUACCUCAGAAAUCAACUAGUUCCUUAUGUGUUGUGACUGGUUUGUGGAAGCCAUCGUCUUGUACAAAGAGAAUCCUCGUGUCUGAAAGUCAUGACAGAUGGGUUAGUUGUGUCCACAACACCACAGAGGCAGAUACUGUUCUGACUUUUGGCAUCUAAACUAUUCCCCAGCCUCACAUCACAACUCCAGUCUCACUGCUUCUGUGCCACAAUGAGCAGCUCUUCUGUGCAGCCCGGUUCUGAACUCUGGGACUGAGCAGGAUUUUCCUUUAUGUGGGGGGAAAUGUUUAAAGUAGAGAAUACCUUCCUUUUUCUAGAUUCCACUAUCCCCCUCACCAUUCCAUAUGUUUUUUUGAUUGAUUAAAUGACCAAAGGCUGCCACUUUCUUACAAUAUAGGGCCUGAUCAGAUUGCAUACAUUCUGUUUUCACUAAGUUAAUAUAAAUCAAUCUUUUCUAGUUUAGUUUCUCUCCUUUACCUGCCCUCUCAUCCACAUUGUGGUAGUUAGGUGCUCCCUCCUCAAUGUAAGAAAUUUCUUAAUAUUUUAGGGCAUCCAGGUGGGCAACUAGAUUGCUCCAUAGUUCAUCUGCUUGUCACCCUCUGACUUUUCCAUUUCUAGUACCUUAUUUUCCAUCUCGUAGGUGGGCCAGACAAUUAAGUGCUGCUUAGUCAGGACAAAGUCCUAAAAUCUGAUGCUUUGUGUUGUAAGCUACCAUGUGACAUGUCUGAAAAUAUACAAAGACAUCUAUUCAUUAUAGAACUAUAUUAUAAAACAGGUAUAAGCUCUUCAUCUCAGCAAGUUCUAUAGAUCUGUUCCAGUUUCUUAAAAUGAAAAGAAUUAGAGUAUUUUAUGAGAAGAGCCUCUGCUCUUAAUUCUGCUCAUCCUUCUUCUGUUCUAGGUGGACCGAUUGCUACUCCCAUCAGGUAUGACGUGAAAACAGAGGAUUUGCUGUAUAUGGGGAAUAGACUUAAAAAAUACUAUAAAUCUCCCCUCCUAAUAGGGAAUCCUCUGUUCUGGCAUUUCUCUCCCUAUACAUGCUUUGAGUGUUUCUAGGAUUUAAAAGCUAUGGACGUUUCUCAACUAGGUCUGCAGUGUGUUUUACAGAGGGAUCAGUUCAAAAAAAUCUGAGAGCAUUAGCUGCCUCUGGUCUUGGAGCAUGGCUAACCCGUUAGUUAUGACUUCCAGACUUGAAAAUUCUUUGUUUUAGGAAGACAUUUAUGGUACAUUUUAAAAUGUUUAAUUGAGGUUGUAACUCUUACCUACAGGCCCUUGGUCUCUGAUACAGUGGUGAACUACAUGGAGUACUGUACCCAAGUGCUACUGCAGCUGUGUUAAAUUGUUUUGGGUCCUGUGAGUACAUAUAAUCCAGGGGCUGUGAUCUUGUACAGGCUUAUUUGAUAGUUUAAUGUAUCAAUCUUUAAUUUUAAUGAUAAACUGUAAAUAAAAUCCAAUAAUCAA